UCUAGGGGGCCUGGAGAAGUUAAGCCCCACGAAACUGAGCGUCAGAUCGGCCAAACAAGGAUUAAGAUUCAAAAUGCGGGAGAUUGUGACCCUUCAGAUCGGUGGAGCCGGCAAUGCUAUAGGUGAUUCGUUUUGGCAUGUUAUCUCCCAUGAACAUGGUGUGGAUUAUCCCUCGGGAAGAUUUGGGGGCAACAGUCCCCUCCAGCUCGAGCGGAUCAAUGUGUUCUUCAACGCCACAGCCAGCAAAAGGUUUUAUGCACGCGCAAUACUCAUCGAUACUGAGGCCAGUACCGUCCAACGCUUAAACUUUAGCAGUCAGCUUUAUAGGCCGGAAAACUUUGUGGUCGGUUUGGAAAGUGCAGGGAAUAACUUUGCCCGUGGCUAUCACACAGACGGGGCCGCCAUCCUGGAGCAGGUACUGGAUAACACCCGGCGGGAAGUGGAAUCGGUGGAUUCGCUGCAGGGCUUCCAGUUGCUUCACUCGAUUGCAGGAGGGACUGGGUCCGGCUUGACUUCUCUCAUCAUGGAGGCCCUGGUGGAAAAGUAUCCUGACAAUUUGCUCUGCAAUUUUGUGGCUAUUCCAUCGCCUAACAUGUCCCAGGUCGUAGUGGAGCCCUAUAAUGCACUGCUGAGUACCUCAGCAUUGGUAAACAGCUCUCAUUUGACAUUUGUCUUAGAACGAGGCGCUUUUCACAUUUGCAAGAGGAAUCUAAAGAUCAAGAUGUCCGGCUACGAGCAUAUAAACCACAUUGUGGCCCUGACCAUGUCGGGUAUAACCACUUGCUUGCGGUUUCCGGGGCAAUUAAAUGCCGGACUGCGGAAGGUUUAUGUAAAUAUGGUUCCUUUUCCUAGGUUACACUUUCUUAUACCGGGUUUUGCACCGCUAGUCUCAUGUAAGCAACAGCAAUUUAGCAAAGGCACCGUUUCGGAGCUGGUGCAGCAGAUCUUUUCCAGCAACAAUAUUUUGUGUAGCAUCGACCUGAGAAAGGGAAAACUCUUGACGGCGGCGGGUCUUUUCCGGGGCAGGAUGUCGCCGCAAGAAGUGGACCAACUAAUGACUGGUGUGAGGGACAAGAACAUCAAAUUUGUCGACUGGAUACCAAACAAUAUCAAAACGGCCAUUUGUGAUAUUCCUCCACGGGGUCUAAAAAUGUCAGCCACAUUUAUAGGUAACACCUCGGCGAUUCAGUCGCUCUUUCAGCGAUUACUGGAUGGUUCGAUGGCUAUGUUGCGGCGCAAGGCCCAUUUGCAUUGGUAUACCGGUGAGGGAAUGGAAGAGCAGGAGUUUCUCGAUGCCCAGCAGGAGCUGCAGGCUAUUAUCGAUGAUUACAAAAGCAGUGCCGAGGGCGAGAAUUUCGGUGGCGACAGCGGAAGAGGAGGCAUUGAGCGAAGCCCUGACGACUACGAAGAAAAGGCCGCCACCUCUGGUCACUGCUCCUUUUGCACCGAUUAGUCAACUGAUACAAAUUUACAUUGCCAUUUCCCUCCCAAAAAAGACAACAAAUAUCGGUUCCCAAAUUCAAAAGUGUCAUUCGUUGUAUUCGCAAGUCUUGGGUUUAGGAUCAUUACCCAUUUGAAUCCGCAAUUCUGAAUUAUGAGUGUAAAGAUAUUCAGGAUAUACCUUAAGUAA